UGUUUCAAGACAAAGCAAGAACACACAAGCAUGCUCAAAAGGCUAAAGCUGCUGACGCAGGAUAAACUCUGUUCUGGGCUGAAGUAAAGCAACGAAUGUAACGCGAAUGACACCUUAAUCUGAAAGCGUUGGCUGUGACUGCAUUCGCUUUUCUCAGUGUGUGUGCAUUGCUUCUAUGGCCGACGACGAGUUCGAGGGUGACGACGUUGGCGGCGCCGACGAUUUUGACGACGUCGAGGAGGAUGAAAACCUCGACGAGAUUGACCAAAAUGAAGAGGAGAACAUCGAGCUCCUUCAAGCAUCGGACGGCCAGCCUCAGCAAAACCAGAAGCGCAUCACCACCAUGUACAUGACCAAGUAUGAGAGAGCGAGAGUGUUGGGGACACGAGCGUUACAGAUUGCCAUGUGCGCGCCUGUGAUGGUAGAAUUAGAAGGCGAGACUGAUCCUUUGCAGAUCGCCAUGAAGGAACUCAAGGCCCGCAAGAUCCCCAUCAUCAUUCGUAGGUACCUUCCCGACGGAAGCUACGAAGACUGGGGGAUCGACGAACUCAUCAUCACGGAUUGAGGUUUUCCUUGCUAUUGUCGUCGAAAAAAUACGGAUGUCAUCUUAUUAAAUUCUGACAAUCAGAAAAAAUGAGAACAAUGUUAAAGAUUCUGAUUCCGUGUUCGUUGAACUAUCGUCUCGCGACUAAGCGUGUGAAGGUACAAUAAGCCAUAUGUUGUUCGUAGCUUCAUGUGCUUGCUACAAAAAGCCUAAAUUUCCAGAAAAAAGCAGGACACAACGCAAAAUACGGUCUGGGCAUUCGGCUUAAGUUUUCUUUGAUCCUCAAUUUUUUUUUUUUUCCAAGCGAUUGUGCUGUCGGAAGAUGCUCUGAUCUGUCCUCACAACAUUGUUGACUGUCUCAUGUUGCUUGUGAAGUAGGCCAUCCACCGCUUCUGUGCGAUUAAAUUGUGUGUGCCAAGUCAAA